GGAACCUUUGACACCGUCGCUGUUGGCUGUUCUAGACGAACUUAAAAGAAUGACGCACCCGCGGCGUAAAGCAGUCUGGUAAACAACAAACCCCAGAUAGCACCUCCAGCCUGGUCUUUGUGUGUAGAGGAGAGAUGCCUUUUCUCCAUGGGUUCCGCAGGAUCGUUUUUGAGUACCAGCCACUAGUCGAUGCCAUUCUGGUGACCGUGGGGCUUGAGGAGGGAGCCAGUCGGGAUGAGGAGAGGUUUACUUUAAUCCGAGGCACCCAGCUGGUGGACCAGGGCUCUGUCUGCAGCUCCCUGGUGGAACUGCUGGACAGGGAGUCCACGUCCUCCGUGUUUGAGGAAGGGAUCAGCUAUGCUCUUUUUAAAGUGGCCGAACAGGGCCUUGUUUACGCAGCUGAGAUCCUGCUGCGCUACGGAGCCAAUCUGAACUUUGAAGACCCGGUGUCCUACUACAACCCGCUGCACAUCGCCGUGCUGAGGGGCCGGCCCAGCAUGGUGCGGCUGCUGGUGGGCCACGGGGCGGACGUCCAGAAGAGAGACCGGAUCCAUGAGAGUAGUCCCUUGGACCUGGCCAGUGAGGACUUGGACCGGCUGGCCUGUAUGCACACCCUGCUGGACCUGGGGGCGGAGGUGAACGCACAGGACAAACUGGGUAAAACUGCUCUUCUGCAUGCCCUGGCCAGCAGCGAUGGACUCACGGUGCACAAUGCAGAGAACAUCCAGCUGCUUCUCCAGAGAGGUACCACCCCCCCCCCCCCCCCCCCCCCCCCCCCGGCCCCCUUUUGCUUGCUAUCAUUGAUAUAA